AUGGUCUCUACUUGCAACACCGUCGACACCUGCAACGCCUGCGCUGAAGUUAGCUGCAUUAUCUCCCCUGCCAAGAUGCCUGCAGGAAUCGAUGCUGCUCGCUUUGCUUCUCUUCCUGCCGACAAGCAGCGCAAGCUGCGCGCACUAGCGGCAUCGAUUGACUACGUCACAAGACUGCAAGCAAAGGCAGGAGGAAGCAUCGAUGGAAUCGACUUGCCCUGCGUCCAGGAGAGCCGCAAGGGGCGAUAA